AUGGCGUCCCUGCUGCAAGGAGUCCGGCUGCCCGCUGACCCAGACCUGCAGCUAAUGCAGGAAGGCAUGCAGAUGCGCAAGGUGAGGUCCAAAAACUGGAAGAAGCUACGAUACUUCAGACUUCAGGAUGAUGGCAUGACAGUCUGGCAUUCCCGGCAGAUCGGGUGGCGUGCCAAACCCAGCUUCUCGAUCUCUGAUGUGGAGACAGUGCGUGAGGGCCACGAGUCUGAGUUGCUGCGCAGCCUGGCAGAGGAGUUCCCUCUGGAGCAGGGCUUCACUGUCAUCUUCCACGGCCGCCGCUCCAACCUUGACCUGGUAGCCAACAGUGCCGAGGAGGCCCAAAUUUGGAUGCGAGGACUCCAGCUGCUGGUGGAUAUCGUCACCAGCAUGGACCAACAGGAGCGGCUGGACCAACCUGGAUGGUUGAGCGACUGGUUUCAACGUGGAGACAAAAACCAGGAUGGUCGGAUGAGUUUCCGAGAAGUCCAGCGGUUACUGCACCUGAUGAAUGUGGAAAUGGACCAAGAGUAUGCCUUCCAGCUUUUCCAAGCAGCAGACAAGUCUCAGUCUGGGACUCUGGAGGGAGAAGAAUUUGUAGAGUUCUAUAAGGCGUUGACUAAGCGGGCUGAGGUGGAAGAAUUGUUUGAAAAUUUCUCGGCUGAUGGGCAGAAGCUGACCCUGUUGGAAUUUGUGGAUUUCCUCCGAGAGGAGCAGAAAGAAGGAGACCGAGCUCCUGACCUUGCUCUGGAACUCAUCGACCGCCAUGAGCCAUCAGAUAGCGGCAAACGGCGGCACGUGCUGAGCAUGGAUGGCUUCCUUAGCUACCUCUGCUCCAAGGAUGGAGACAUCUUCAACCCAGCCUGCUACCCUAUCUACCAGGAUAUGACCCAACCCCUGAGCCACUACUACAUCAACUCCUCUCAUAAUACCUACCUAGUGGGGGACCAGCUUUGUGGCCAGAGCAGCCUCGAGGGAUAUAUACGGGCCCUGAAGCGGGGUUGCCGCUGUGUGGAGGUGGAUGUCUGGGAUGGACCUAGUGGGGAACCAAUUGUUUACCAUGGACAUACUCUGACCUCUCGUAUCCUGUUUCAAGAUGUUGUGGCCACAGUAGCUCAGUAUGCCUUUCAGACAUCAGACUACCCAGUUAUCUUGUCCCUGGAGAACCACUGCAGCUUGGAGCAACAGGAGAUCAUGGCACACCAUUUGACAGAGAUCCUGGGGGAACAGCUAUUGAGCACCACCUUGGAUGGGCUGCUGCCCACCCAGCUGCCCUCACCUGAGGAGCUUCAAAGGAAGAUUCUGCUGAAGGGAAAGAAGUCAAGGACACUUGAAGAGGAUCUUGAGGAAGAGGAGGAGGAGCCUGAGUUGGGGCUGGAGCUGGAAGCCCAGUCAGAACCUGAGCCUGAGCCCCAGGAGUUGAGCCCUCGGAGCAAAGACAAAAAGAAGAAAUCCAAGCCCAUGUUGUGUCCGUCUCUCUCUGCCUUAGUUGUCUACUUGAAGAGUGUCCCGUUCCAUAACUUCACUCAUUCAAGGGAGCACUAUCGCUUCUAUGAGACAUCAUCCUUCUCUGAAACCAAGGCCAAGAGCCUCAUCAAGGAGGCUGGUAAUGAGUUUGUGCAGCACAACACCUGGCAGCUAAGCCGAGUGUAUCCCAGUGGCCUGAGGACAGACUCUUCCAACUAUAACCCCCAGGAACUCUGGAAUGCAGGCUGCCAGAUGGUGGCUAUGAAUGUGCAGACUGCAGGGCUGGAGAUGGACGUCUGUGACGGGUUCUUCCGCCAGAAUGGUGGCUGUGGCUAUGUCUUGAAGCCAGACUUCCUACGUGACACCCAGAGUUCCUUCCACCCUGAGAGACCCAUCAGUCCUUUCAAGACCCAGACCCUCCUAAUCCAGGUGAUCAGUGGUCAGCAACUCCCCAAAGUGGACAACAUCAAGGAAGGGUCCAUUGUGGAUCCACUGGUGAAAGUGGAAAUCUUUGGCGUCCGCCCAGACACAGCCCGACAGGAGACCAGCUACGUGGAGAACAAUGGUUUUAAUCCAUACUGGGGGCAGACAUUAUGCUUCCGGGUCCUGGUGCCUGAACUUGCCCUGCUGCGUUUUGUGGUAGAGGAUUAUGAUUGGAAAUCCCGAAAUGACUUUGUUGGGCAGUACACCCUACCUUGGACCUGCAUGCAACAAGGUUACCGCCACAUACACCUGCUCUCCAGGGAUGGUACCAGCCUCCACCCAGCUUCCAUCUUUGUGCACAUCUCCAUCCAGGAAGAGCCAGAGGGGGCUGAAGCCUGA